UUUGGAGGCCUGCGUGUGGAGAAAAGCCUCCGUCGAAAGCGGUACCGCCCUACAACCUUCGCCCCCUGCCCUCCAGUCUUCCCCACAACCCAAAAUGGCGGCCGGUGUGGAUUUUGGCGACCUAGAGCUAUUUGAGGCGUUUGACCCUGUAGAGGAGUCGACCCCGAAGCCCGUUCACACCCGCUUCAAGAACGACGAGGAGGAGGAAGAGGACGAGGACGAUGAGAAUGGGGUGGGCGACGCGGAGCUGCAGGAGCAGCUUCGGCGCUCUGAGGAAACCAUCGAGCAACUCCGCGCCGAGAAACAUCAAGAACUUAAACGAAAAUUGAACAUUCUAACAAGACCCAGUGGCAUACUGGUGAGCAAUACUAAGAUAGAUGGACCCUUAUUACAGAUUCUGUUUAUGAACAAUGCUAUUUCAAAGCAAUACCACCAAGAAAUAGAGGAGUUUGUAUCAAAUUUAGUAAAACGAUUUGAAGAACAGCAAAAAAAUGAUGUGGAAAAGACUUCCUUCAGCCUUUUACCCCAGCCAUCCAGUGUUAUGUUGGAAGAGGACCAUAAAGUAGAAGGAUCACAUGCAAUUAAAAACAACAAGGACGCUUUUAGUGUUGUAGGAAGUGUCCUGUAUUUUACUAAUUUUUGCCUUGAUAAAUUGGGGCAACCGCUACUAAAUGAAAACCCUCAGCUUACGGAAGGAUGGGAAAUACCCAAGUACCAGCAAGUCUUCAGCCACAUUGUUUCUCUAGAAGGGCACGAAAUGCAAGUAAAGGCAAAAAGGCCAAAGCCUCACUGUUUCAACUGUGGUUCUGAAGAGCAUCAGAUGAAAGAGUGCCCAAUGCCUCGGAAUGCUGCUCGAAUAAGCGAGAAGAGAAAAGAGUAUAUGGAUGCUUGUGGUGAGGUGAACAAUCAGAGCUUUCAGCAGCGCUACCAUGCAGAGGAAGUAGAAGAAAGGUUUGGAAGAUUCAAGCCAGGAGUUAUUAGUGAGGAACUUCAAGAUGCACUGGGUGUGACGGACAAGAGUCUUCCCCCUUUCAUCUACCGGAUGCGCCAGCUGGGCUACCCCCCAGGCUGGCUUAAGGAGGCUGAAUUGGAGAACUCAGGGCUCUCACUCUAUGAUGGAAAUGAUGAUACUGAUGGGGAGACGGAAACUGGAGAAAUACAGAAUAAGAAUGUCACUUAUGAUCUCUCCAAAUUGGUAAACUAUCCAGGUUUUAAUAUCUCUACUCCCAGAGGUAUUCCAGAUGAAUGGAGAAUGUUCGGUUCCAUACCGAUGCAGGCAUGUCAGCAGAAGGAUGUGUUCGCCAGUUACCUCACUUCCAGCAUCCAGUCGCCGAGCAUGAAGUCUGGCAGCAAGCGGUCUUCCACUCAGUCCAGCCCUAACAGCCCCAAGAAGCAGCGGAAGGAAGGCAGCUCAGCGGCCUCCCCUGCUGACAUGGAGCUUGACUCAGAUGUAGAGGUUCCACCUGGUUCUCAGAGCAGCAAAGCAUUUCAGUUUCAACCACCACUGCCUCCUGGCACACCUCCUCCGCUGCCACAGGGAACACCUCCACCUCUUUUCACUCCUCCGCUCCCUAAGGGCACCCCACCACUGACUCCCAGUGACUCACCUCAGACUCGACCCACAGCCUCAGCCAUGGAUGAGGACACGCUGACGCUGGAGGAGCUUGAAGAGCAGCAGAGGCAGAUCUGGGCCGCGCUCCAGCAGGCAGAGGGAGGCAACAGCGACUCCGAUGUUCCUGUGGACACACCUCUAACUGGGAAUUCAGUCGCCUCCUCCCCUUGUCCAAACGAGUUUGACCUCCCUGUCCCAGAAGGAAAGGCCCUGGAAAAUCCAGUGCUAGCUGAGCCCCAAGGGCCAACUGCUACUGUAGAAACAGCUGAGCCUCCUGCCUGCCCAGCAGCAGGGGCAGCAGUGCUGUGUCAAAAAGAAGCUGCUGCAGAGGGGGACCCUGGAGAUGCUCAUCUUGAUAAUGGUGGUGUGUCAGACUGUGACAUGAGCAAUGGAGGCAGCCAGCAGCUCCUUCAUCUGGAUACCCGGCCUCCAACAGCCUCAAAAAUCCACAGCCCGGUCCCUGACAUGAGCAAGUUUGCCCUUGGAAUAACACCCUUCGAAUUUGAGAACAUGGCUGAGUCCACCGGUAUGUACCUCAGGAUAAGAAACCUGUUAAAGAACUCACCCCGAAAUCAGCAGAAAAACAAAAAGACUUCUGAGUGAGUGCUUGCUGCAG